AUGUUUGAAUCUAUUCUCGAAAAAAUACUAAGUAAUUAUUUCGGUUAAUUUUUAACAGGAUUUGAUCAAAAUAAUCUACAUUUAGGAGUAUGGAAAGGCGAUAUAAAAAUCGAAAAUGUUAAAAUUCGUUAUGAUUUAUUUGAUUCUUUUGAAUUUCCUAUAAAAAUAAAUUAUUCUAGUAUUGGAAGUUUAAUUAUUAAAAUUCCUUGGACUAAAUUAUAUUCUAAUCCUGUAUAAGUUAUUCUAGAAGAUGUUUUUUUAUUAGUUGAACCUAUAGAAGAGUCUUAAUGGAAUUAUUAUGAUGAAAAAGCUUAUGCUAGGAAAUUAUUAAUUAUAUAGAAUUAUAUUAAAAUAUGUUUAGAAAAAUUCGUUUAAUAAAAUGAAAAUGAAGAAAAUAUAGAAAAAGAAGAAAAUUUAUAAGAUGAAUAAUAAAAUAAUAAUAAAGUAUAAAAAUAAGAAAAAAGUACUUAUAUGAGUAGAUUAACUUAAAAAAUUAUUGACAAUUUCGAAUUAACUAUAAAAAAAAUUCACUUUAGAGUUGAAAAUAAAAAAUAAGGAUAUUCAUGGGGUAAAAUAUUUAUAUAUUAUAAUAUAUUGUAAUACAUUUAUAUAUAUUUAUAUUUUUAAAAAAUAGAUGAUAAAAUUCGAAAAUUAGGAAAAAUAACAAACUUAUAAUUAUAUUGGAAUGAUGAAGAAAAUGAUUUUAUAUACUAAGAUUAAAGAAAAGACACUUUAUCUUAAUUAAUGUUAUCUAAUAUUUUUACAAAUAAAAAUCCUACAAAAUAAAUAAUUAAUUUGAGCUUAAAUAUAUACAUAAAUUAAAAUAUAAAAAUUAAAGAAACUUAAGUAAAUAUCGAAUUGGAAAAAAUAGAAAUAAAUUUUAAAGAAAGAUAAGUAGUUUAAAUACUAAAAUAAUUAGAGAAUAUAUCUUUAUAUAGAAAAAAUUUAUGGAUGGCUUAAUAAUAAAAUUAAGAAAAUAAUUUUUAAUUAUAAUAAGAUUUUUAAUAUAAUGAAGAAUAAAAAAAUUUAUUUAUUUAAAUUAUGUCUAAUUUCCAAAAUUCAAAAUAAUAAAAAUAAAUAUAUUAAAUAUUAAAAGAAGUACUUUUUUUUUUUUUUUUUUUUUUUCAUAUAUAAAAUUAAAUAACUAUAUAUAAAAAAGUAUAAUUAUGA